AGGUUACAGCUAGCUAGGUAGCAACCUCUGAGAGCACAAACAGAUUAAUAUUCCACUAGUCUAUCUAUAUCUAGUAUCUACUACAAUUAAUUCCUCGAUCCAUCCUUCGUAUUUUUUGUGAUAUAUGUCGGUGAAGAUAGCGAAGGAGUACUUUCCAAGGCUCACAGACGAAGGAGUGGUGGUGAGAGAGUAUGAUGAAGAGAGAGAUAAGGUGGCAGUGGAGGAGUUGGAAAGGCAGUGUGAAGUGGAGCAGCAGGGCAAGCCUUCGCUUGUCACUGACCUAAUGGGCGACCCUUUAUGCCGCGCCCGAAGUUUGCCACUGCACAUCAUGCUGGUUGCAGAGUAUGGAGAGGGAGAGAAUAUUGUGGGCGUGAUAAGAGGGUGUGUAAAAUCUGUGACAAGAGGGAACUCAGUUCACGUAAAGCUAGCUUAUAUUCUGGGGCUACGGGUCUCCCCUAACCACAGGAGGCUUGGAAUUGGCACAAAACUGGUUCGAGAAUUAGAAGAAUGGUGCAAACAAAAUGGUGCAGAGUACGCAUACAUGGCCACCGACUGCACCAACGAGGCCUCUAUCAAUCUUUUCACCAAGAAAUGCGCAUACCUGAAAUUCCGCACGCCCACCGUGUUGGUGCAGCCCGUCCACGCUCACCACAAGCCAAUCGGCUCAGGCAUUGGAAUUAUUAAACUCAUCCCACAACUUGCUGAGUCAAUAUAUCGUAGGAUCUUUGCGAAUUCAGAGUUCUUCCCUAGAGAUAUAGACAGCAUUUUACGCAACAAGCUGAACCUGGGCACUUUCGUGGCCCUCCCCAAGAAAUUCCUCUCCAAGUGGGAUCCAAAAACAGGCAUUCUUCCACCGAGUUUCGCAAUCCUAAGUGUGUGGAACACUAAGGAAGUGUUCAAGCUGCAAGUGAAGGGCGUGUCGGCCUUAACGUACGUGUGCUGCAUGGGGACUAGGUUGUUGGAUGCAUGUCUGCCAUGGCUGAGGUUACCAUCGUUUCCUGAUGUUUUCAGACAAUUUGGAGUGUACUUCUUGUACGGGCUACACAUGGGAGGGAAAUACGCAUCACGUCUCAUGAAGUCCCUGUGUGCAUUUGCACAUAACAUGGCUAGGGAUGAUGCUGGAUGUGGGGCCGUGGUGGCCGAGGUGGGCCAGGGGGACCCCGCUCGAGAGGCAAUCCCUCAUUGGAAGAGAUUUUCAUGGGCCGAAGAUUUAUGGUGCAUCAAGAAGCUUGUAGAUGCCAAUCAGGAUGAUAGUAACGAAAAAUGCGAGCCAUCUGAUUGGAUCAAAUCUCAAUCGUCUUCAUCGGUGAUUUUUGUCGAUCCACGUGAUUUUUGAAACCUACUUUACCUCGAAUUUCGAAGAAGAAAGGAGAAAGAAGACGUGUUCGUA